AUGGCGCUCUCCAAGCUCACCCUCCUCAACCACCUCACAAAAGCCCUACCCAAACCCGGCCGCCCUCGAUCCUACGCGCCGCCGCACGCCUUCCUCCCGAUCCGCCUCCUUUCCUUCUCCACGCCUGAAGAAGCCGCCGCCGAACGCCGCGAGCGCAAACUCCGCCUCCGCAUCGACCCGCCGUUCUCCGCCUUCCGCCACAAGCAUCCGUCCCCGGCGACGUCGUCGGUGCAGAACCCAAACACCCCCAAGAUCCCCGAGCCGGCCUCCGCCCUCUCCGGCAACCGCCUCAACCUCCACAACCGCGUCCUCAAGCUCAUCCGCGAGAACGACCUCGAUGAGGCGGCGCUCUUAACGCGCCACUCGAUCUACUCUAACUGCCGCCCGACAAUCCACACCUGCAACUCGGUCAUGGCUGCCCAGCUCCGGCAGUCUAAGUACCCCGACCUCCUCUCCCUCCACCGUUUCAUCACUCAGGCCGGCGUCGCCUCCAACGUGGUCACUUACAACAUCCUCUUCACCCUUUACCUCAAUUGCCGGAAAAUCGAUCUAGCCCUAGAGACGUACAAGCAGCUUAUCAAAGAGGUCCCCUUCAACCCCUCCCCCACCACUUACCGCAUCCUGAUCAAAGGAUUAGUCGAAAACCAGCUAGUCCAGAAAGCCGUCGAACUUAAAAACGACAUGGAGAAGAAGGGUUACAAACCCGAUCCCACAAUCUAUUCCUACUUGAUGUCCGGGCAAGCGAAGAAUUCAAACGCUGAAUUAAUUUUCGAUUUGUAUGAUGAAUUGAAGCAGAAAUUGGGAACAGACCACAUUUUGGAUGGUAUCAUUUAUGGAAACCUAAUGAAAGGGCAUUUCUUGAAAGGGAAUGAAACAGAAGCCAUGGAGGUGUACAAAAUAGCUCUAGUCCACGACUCGCCGGUUAAGAUGAACCCCUUUGCGUACAAUUACAUCUUAGAGGCCCUGAGCAAGAACGGAAAAUUCAACGAGGCGCUGAAUUUGUUCGAGAGGAUGAAGAACGAACACAAUCCCCCGAAAACCCUAACCGUGAACUUAGGCAGCUACAACAUUAUGGUCGAGGGAUACUGUUCGGAGAAAAAAUUCGACCUCGCCGUUGAAGUUUUCAAUAGCAUGGGUGAAAAGAGGUGUUUGCCCGACACUCUAUCCUACAAUGUCCUGAUCGACCAGUUGUGUAAUAAUGACAGGCUGGCUGAUGCCGAGGAACUAUACAAUGGCAUGGCUGAUAAAAACAUAAGCCAGGAUGAGUACACUUUUGCAACCCUAAUGAACGCGUGCUUCAAAGAGAACAGGCCGGACGAUUCGGCCCGAUACUUCAAGACAAUGGUGGACUCAAAACUGAAGCCCAAUUUGACUGUCUACAACCAGUUGAUUGAUGGUUUGGUGAAUGCGGGAAAAAUAGACGAGGCCAAGUCGUUUUUCGACAUGAUGGUGCCGAAAAUAAGAAUGAACGACGAGUCGUACAAGUUCAUCAUGAAAGCCCUUUUUGAGAACGGUAAACACAAUGAGGUGAUGGGAAUUGUGGGUGGUAUGUUGAGAGAAGAGCCGUGUGGGUUUACUGAGGAGAUCGAGGAAUUUGUUCGGGAGGGGAUGAGGAUUGAGGGGAGGGAGGAUGAGGUGUCGGAUAUCAAGGCUGAGGUGGACAGGGAGAAGGCUGAGGAGGCUGCUCGGGUGGCGGCGGAGGCCGAGCGGGCGAAGGAGAGCGCAAGGGCAGCUGUGGCGGCAUUGCUGCCGUCUAAAUUUUUGCGUGGUGAUGAUAAGAACAGUGAUGAUGACUGGAGUGAAGGGCGAAAUCGGGAUUUCGAAGAGUUGGGUGAGAGGGAAAGUGAAGGUGGUGUUGUGAAGGAGGUGACGUUUUGA